UGGCCGAGGUCACACUACUCGAGUUAGUUUCAAGCGAAGACCCGCCCGCCGGCUAAGUUCUCCCCCUCAAUCGUCACCAUGCUCGUCCCGAAAAAGAACCGCAUCGCCGUGUACUCGUACCUGUUCAAGGAAGGUGUGAUGGUCGGCAAGAAGGACUUCUUCGCGCCCAAACACGGCGACGUGGACGUGCCCAACCUCCAAGUGAUCAAGCUCUUGCAGUCGCUCCACUCGCGCGGCUACGUCAAGGAGACGUUCAACUGGCAAUGGUACUACUGGUACUUGACCGCCGAAGGCAUCGAGUACCUCCGUGCGUACUUGCAUCUCCCCACCGAGAUCGUGCCGGCCACCUUGAAGAAGCAAGCGGCCCGCCCUCAACGCCCGCAAGCGCCCACCGGCGCCGGCGGAUACGGCCGUGGCAAGGACAAGAACUUGGGACCUUCGGGCGACUUCAACCCUGAAUUCCGCGGCCGCAACCAAGAUGGCUACCGCCGCGAAGCCCCUGCGGCGGCUGCCCUUGAACAAUAAGCGUCAUGCGCUGGUUGGUACAGGACACUGAAGAAGAAGGAUGCGAAGAGUGUGCGUUGGUGUAGAAGACGAAUAUAGCGGUAGAAUUUAACACCAACGAUGAUUGAGACACUUGACAACUACUA